UUGUUUGGCAUUUGGCUGAAACAAAUCAGGAAAGAAGAAGUCGGAUGAAAAGCACCGCUGAGGAGAAACAAAGACGUCUUUGAGUUUCUCUGUGGUGUGUCAGGAUGACGGUGACGUACUCCAGUAAAGUGGCCAACGCCACCUUCUUCAGCUUCCACCGGCUGCUGCUGCGCUGGAAGGGAAGCAUCUACAAGCUGCUGUACCGAGAGUUCAUCCUGUUCGUCCUGCUCUACACCGCGCUGAGCCUCGUAUACAGACUGGUUCUCUCUGAGCAGCAGAAGAGGCUGUUUGAGAAACUCUCCAUGUACUGUGAUAAAUACGCCGAGCAGAUCCCCGUCACCUUCGUCCUCGGUUUCUAUGUGACUCUGGUGGUGAAUCGAUGGUGGAACCAGUUUGUUAACCUGCCGUGGCCGGACCGACUCAUGUUCCACAUCUCCAGCUGUGUUCGGGGUAAAGACGAGUACGGCCGCCUGCUGCGGCGGACGCUGGUUCGCUACGUCAACCUGACCUCGCUGCUCAUCUUCCGCUCCGUCAGCACCGCCGUCUGCAAACGCUUCCCCACCAUGGAGCACGUGGUGGAGGCAGGUUUCAUGACUCCGGAGGAGAGGAAGGUGUUCGAGAACGUUCCGUCUCCUCACCUCAAGUACUGGAUCCCCGUCGUCUGGUUCUCCAACUUGGCGUCCAAAGCUCGACAGGAAGGACGAAUCCAGGACAGCAUCGACCUGCAGAACAUCCUCAAUGAGAUGAACCAGUUCAGGACCUGGUGUGCGACUCUGUUCGGCUACGACUGGGUGGGCAUCCCGCUGGUCUACACCCAGGUCGUCACUCUGGCCGUCUACACCUUCUUCUUCGCUUGUCUGAUCGGGCGCCAGUUCCUGGACCCCGCCCAGCGCUACCCGGGCCACGACCUCGACCUCUACGUACCCGUCUUCACGCUGCUGCAGUUCUUCUUCUACUCCGGCUGGCUGAAGGUGGCGGAGCAGCUGAUCAACCCGUUCGGAGAGGACGACGACGACUUUGAAGCUAACUGGAUCAUCGACAGGAACCUUCAGGUGUCUCUGCUGGCUGUGGAUGAGAUGCACAUGAACCUUCCUCUCAUGACUAAAGACAUGUACUGGAACGACAGCGAGGCGCGCCCGCCGUACACGCUGGCCGCCGCCGACUACUGCAUCCCCUCCUUCCUGGGCUCCACCACUGACAUGGGACUCUCUGACAUCCUGCAGGUAGAUGACUCUGAAGUUAUCGACGGUCGUCCACGGCAACAGGACUCGGCUCUGACUUGGCGCCAAGAGUCGGUUCUGGGUCGGGUCCGCCGGCUGCUGAGCGUCCAGGAGCCUCCUGAGCUCCGACCUCCUCGACCCAGCUUCAAACGCCACAGCAGCGACGCCACAGGAAGCUUCUUCCCAGAAUUCAGGGUGAAUCCUCGUCCAGACCACGUGGGUCUCCCCUCCCCCGCCGUGGACACUCUGUCCACCUUAAGGGAGGUGAGCAGCAACCCUCCGUCCCCAGAAAGCUCGUCCUGCACCGUGUUCCCCCAGCUGGUCGUCAGUCCUCCGCUUUCUGGGGACGUCUGUCACAAGACGGAUUCUUCUGGAAACGGUGAAGCAGCAAAACCUCAGAAUGGACUGGAGGCCUCCCCCACUGAGGAGGCCCCGGGCCUGGAGACCCCGAGAACCGGCUCUUCCGUCUGUUGUUCCCCCACCCAGCUGGGACCGAAGGAAUUCCGCUGGACUCACCAGCCGCCAUCGCGGCCGCGGGGGCGCCAGUUCUCCCUCCAGUUCUCCAGACAGUCGUCCAAAGGCUCGGUCCGGAGCCUGCCCAGCCCCAAAGCUCUGGGGAGGAGGAGGCGAGGCCUGGCUCGGUUCCAGUGCCGACGAUCCCCCGGCCCUCCCACCGACACCCUGCAGCUCCCCGACCUCGACUACGACCACGACUUCCAGGGAACGGCCGGGUCCGAGGACGACGAGAAGGAAGGAACCAACAACAACAAGGAGAUCAAAAGCCCAAACUCCCGAUCACAGAGCUUUGAGAAGAAAUGAGAACCAAUACUGACCAGAAACAAAACCUCAGAGCUGGAAAUGUUACCCAACAAGAGACGUUACAAGAGGAAAGUUGCUUCAGAAUCUCAUCUGAAGGGAAGUUCUUAACCCUUAAUAGGGCACUCAUUGAAAUACUUUCAAAUUCCAAAUUUCAACCCUAGAGAAUAUUGGAGGAUAUUACAUACAGCCAGAAUCUGUAAAAAAAAAAAAAACAUACAGACCCGGGGGAGGGGGGUAAUAACUUGAGGAAAAAAGCUACAAAUUUAUGAGAAAAAAAAAUCUCAAAUUAACGGUAAAAAAGUUACAAAUUUAUGAUAAAAAAAUCUCAAAUUUGUGACCAAAAAAUCUCAAAUAAACAGUAAAAAAGUUGACGAGAAUAAAGUGGCAAAUCUACGAGAAAAAAAUGUGCAGAUUUAUGAGAUUUAAAGUGGUGAAU